GAUUUAAUGGCAGAAUACCAUUUGAGACAGGGGAUGCUCGCUUAGCAAGCAAGUUUUUGUUAAAACAACGAGACACAGGAAAUGCACAGAAACCUUGCAGGCAAUAUUGUUAUGAAUCAGUCAGACAAUCUGUUGUAAGGGACCAUGCUGCUACUAUUUCUCUUAUAUUAAUAUUUCUCUAAUAUCCAGGCUCUGAAAUUUGCAGUAUCCCAAUAUCUAAAAUUUGGUUUUAGAUUCCAAACUGUGAAUGACGUGUAUAUUAAACGACUGGAUAUUAGAAAAUUUCAAACAUUAGGAAUUUUUAGGAUAAUGCUAAAUGUCUCCAGUGGUCUCCCAAUAGCUUUGGCCAAAUAAAAAUAAUAGUUGGUUUCAGGUUUCCGACCAACCUGUCAAAAAUAUGACCGACCAUAAACAUUUUAUUGACAUUUCCCAGUAGAAAUCAUCUUUUCGUAAAUAUAGCAGAAUAUAUAAAUAGUCAUCAGACUCAUUUGUCAACAAAUUAUUUUGUUUGCUUAUAAUUUAAUCAUUAUCUAUAUAGUCAUGUUAAUCAUAGUUUUACACAAAGAACAGUUGAAUAAAAUAUUAAAAACGUACAUUAUUCUCAGUAAUUUGACAUGGGAUCUACGGCAGAAAAAAGAUGAAAAUGCCUUGAUGUAUUUGUUUCUUGCAAGAAACAAAUGCAUCAAGGCAUUUUCAUCUUUUUUCAGCCAUAGAUCCCAUGUCAGAAUACUGAGAAUAAUGUACGUUUUUAAUAUUAAACACAUGUGGCUUGCAUGUACUGUAACAUGUUUCUCUUGAAACACAUGUAAAAACAAUAAAAACUAAGAGUUUAUAAUGAGUUGUAACUUAUAUUUAUUGCAUACUCGAGAUAAAAUAUUUUUUAAAAUAAAAUGUUUUUCCCACCUACCUACCCAUAUAAAACAUGGCUGUGAAACCUGAAACCAACCAUUUUUUUAUUUGGCCUUAAUCGAGUACUAUUAGGGUGAGGUGGUUUUAAAGAUGCGGUGUUUUUUAAUGUUUGUGGGAGAUUCUUUUUCGCCAAAAUAGAUGAUUAUCAUCUACAGUAUUUACUUUUUGACAAUUGAUGCUAUCCAUCUACUUUGGAGGAGACUGUGUUGCUGUGUAGGUAGUGAUGAUGUCAAGACAGUACUGAUUGUGAGGGUUACAACUACAGAACUAGAAGAAUAUAAGCAGAAAAGUACAAGCAGAACUUCAAUGUUUCGAGUGUAGGCCCUUAUACUAAAUCCUGGGCCUUUGCUCAAAACGUUGUAUUUUUCAGGUAGUUGUAUCGCUUUCAAUCCACAGCUGCCUAGAAUGACAUACAUAAUUCUGACUAUGUUUUGCAUGCAUCUUUAUGACAUUGAUUCUUUACAGGACUUUGUGUCAUCAGAUGUUCAUUCCGUGUGUUAUGCAGUGAGUGAGAAGAAAAACAUGGUUGUGACGUAUGAAACAGUUCCAAGUGUUGAUAUGUUUCAGGUAGAUCAUGAUAGGCUGGGGUUAAAUACAUUGCACACCUAUAAAGUAAUAAAAUUAUGCACCUACAUACCUACAUGUAUGUUAGAAUUCAAAAACUGACUUCAUUCUAUAAGUUCUACUAUCACUAUCAAACCACUUCCCUGCCCCCCCCCCCACCCAUUUCUUCAGGACCAAUUUUGCAAUGUUUUCCAAAACUGAGGAGAACCUGGGGGGGUGUAACCUCAUAGUGCAUUCAUCUCUGUGUCUAAAAUGCAUGAAAUAGCAUUUUGCAGACCUAAAAAUAGCAAAAAUUUCCAGGGUACUCGUUUGGGGCUGGCUACAUCCCUGAUGUACACUCUUCUCACAUCAAGACGAAGGUGCAAUUAUAACCAGAAAACUACACUAGGAACUGAACACAACAUGCAUCAAGUCAUCAGCCAACUAAAUAUUGUAACCCUGUAAUUUGUACAUUACAACUCUUACCUACUGCUUCUGUAGAUUGGUCGUUCAUCAGACGUCAAUGACUGUGUGGUUAUGGAUGUCGUCCCCAAUGCCGAGAAAGCGACAGACUGUAUGCUCUCCAAGAGCACAAUAUCACGUUUUGCAUGUCGUAUCUAUGUUGAUCGAUCCCCACCAUACACAGCAAGAAUUUAUGCUGCUGGCUUUGAUAAAUCGAAGAAUAUUUGCCUUGGGGUAUGAAUUCUAAGUAGAUUUAAUGCUCAACAUUCUUAAUAAACUGACAUAUAUCACCCUGAUGAGCAAGUGUUUGGCAGUUUGCAUGAGAUUUUCAUCACCGCUCAUGCCAAAAUUCGCUUGGCGCUAAAUUAGGGUGCAAUGCAACUUAAUGGGUUAAAGUUGAUGAGAGUGAACAAAUGCUCGUUGGAUUAAAUGACAGUAGUAUGAUUGAAAGAAGGAUUUUGAACUAAAUACCUGUAUGACUAAAAACAAGGAUUUUGAACUAAAUAAGACCAAAUAUCUCAAAAUUCCCUGCACUUCUGCCCCCUUACCACCAUUAGCAACUGUGCCCCCAGACCCCUGCUGCAGCUGUGCUAUACACCCCAUGGCCCAUUGCUCAACUCCCCCCAAAAUUUUUGCCCUCCCCCCCAGCAAAAUCCGUCUAUGCAUGACUUUGAGCUUCUUCUUUACAGCCCAAAGCAAUCAAAUGGAAUCAGGAGAAUGGCAUGAUGGAUGGAUUAACAACCAAUGGAGUGCUCAUCCUACACCCUCACAGUGGCCAACAUGGUGUGAUGUUUAAUGGCCCGGGGGUGUGGAGGGAGGUCUCUAUUGCGGGCGAUAUUUAUGGUCUCAGAAAAGCGAGAUCAGAUCGUGGGGCAGGGAAAAAAGUGAGUGAAAAGAUGCAACUCUGUUGUAAUCCUCAUAUUCAGUACUUCACGGAACACCUCUUUUGUUAAAAACAUGGCUUUCUUUUUGAAACAUGUGGUAUGGUCAUGGCACAGUGGUUAGUGAUCUGCCUGUCACCUCUGUGAAUGAAUUAUUUAGUUCAUUAGUUAUCUGUUAUACAUGUAAGCCCCGGUCAAACGUGGAUGAGAGUUGGGACAUGCAUGCGGGAAUGCCAUACAAAAUUUAACCAGAGUGGAUUUAACAAUGAUUUUCAAUAACUAAUGUCGACUAUUUUUACACUUAAAAUGUUUUGACAAAGUAAUUUAAAAAACAUAUCGUUCUUGUUUAAGUUUCACAAUCAAACUCAGACUCCUUGAAAGCAGUAAACCAUUGCUCUUGUUGCUCCACAUGACACAGUCGGUAGAAGCGAGGGGGCCGAGGCCCAUAUAGGUAUGAGCUAUACAAGCUCUACAAAACAUAGGUUUGAUAAGUGUUCCAACUAUGUUUUAACGUCAAUAGAAUACAUGAUAGUGUUGGGAAAGCAUUAAGAACAGUUAACCAAGGUCGAGUGACUGCCAACUCUCAUGACUCUCAUUCUCGUUUGAUCCGGGCUUUAGCCUCCAUGGACAACUUGCAUGUUAGACUAAAUUUUAAUCUAAGUAAAGAGAAGGGAAUCAAACACCACCGCUAAAAAGAACAUAAUGAAAUUAGUAAAAUUGCAAAAUUUGGUAACGAAAUGUUGUAAAAUACAGAAAAUAUAGCCUUGCGAAGUUUGCAUAUUUUCAGUAUGUUUGUAUUACGUGCGGAAAUUGUUACCAUUUCCAGCUCAAAAAUGGUAACAAUUUCCGCACGUAAUACAAACAUACUGAAAAUAUGCAAACUUCGCAAGGCUAUAUUUUCCGUAUUUUACAACAUUUCGUUACCAAAUUUUGCAAUUUUACUAAUUUUAAUAAGUUCUUUACGGGAAUUUACUUUUUUUUGCCUAAAUCAAAAAUUAGUCUAACAUGCAAGUUGUCUAUUGAAAGCGAGGAAAAUGCUUCGAGACUCUAUCAAACACCGCAGGUUUUCUCUGGGGACUCACGUUUUCUCCUAAAGUCGCACUGGGCUAAGAAGGGAUGGCACUUACUGGACCUCUAGGCUGAAGAAAGAAAGUGGAAAUAAAGUUAGAUUUGGUUUAGUAUGUUCCCUCCUCAAAAACACGGUUUUGAAGCAGUUUUUGCGUUGAAAAACCGCACCUUCAGAACGCCAUACUCCUUCGUCCUUGACGUUAAAAGAAGAAAUAUGCAUUUUGUUACUUUCAGAUUGCAAAUGAAUCGAAUGUUUUAGUGGAUGGCACUUUAAUUGAUCUCUGUGGAGCAAUUUUGUUGUGGAGGUCAAGAGAAGGAAUUGCGAAAAUGCCUGUAAGCAUUUAUAGUUUUGCUUGGCGACAAUAUAUGUUUUGGUUUGUGGAAACACUAUGUAUAAUUGCAGAGUUUAAUCGCUGUUUUCUCUUCUUACAGUCUGUUCGUGAUAUAGAAGAAAUAAGACAAAAGUUAAAUGCGGCCAAGCCACAAUGCCCGGUUGGACUUAUGACAUUAGAAUUUCCAUCGAAUCCAACCCGACCAACAAACGUAUGUAUUUUCGUCAGUCUGGUUUCCCGAUCGACCAUCUUUCUCUGUCGACCCUAAAUGUGCUUUUUAUGCGCUUGGGUUAUAUUUUCUUGCUACCCUAUUUUUCCCCUAAACUUUAUUUUUGGAUUUGCCUGUCAAGGAAGAGAAAUACAUUUUCUAGGCCUGGUUCAAACGAGUACAGCCCGGUCUAACAUUGUUGCUCCAACUACUGUAUGUUGGACGAGUAGUACAUACUCGAUCCAACGUGUUCCAACAUCAACGAACAUCAUCUACAGGCGUGGAAAAAGUAUCGGACCACAGGACCAUUGGUCCCAGAAAAUUUUGGAGUUCCCAGAAAUGCAUUUUUAGUAGCCAAUCUGAGACAUCUGGUUUUCAAUACCCCCAGAUCCCCCUAGUAGUGGCCAUUUUUUUGGCUUCUGUAAAUUUCCCUUAGGAUCGGACCCUGAUGCAUGUAUGUUAUAUUCCUGAAAAUAUAUAAGAUUCUCAGUCCGUGGAAAAUUUUUGUUUCUGUUAAUAUAGCAUGUCAUGCCGUUUGAUAACUUGUUAGUGUCACAAAAGUUGCAGCUUUCGAGUGUCGAUUUACUUGAUUAUUUGCAGAAAUGUUCUCUUGCGGUCCCAGAAAGUAAAAUCUUUUUUCCACCCCUGAUCCAGUGAUCCCCAUAUAUAUCUGGAGCGAGAACUGGAAUCCAAAAACUGAAGCCAGCUUCGUGUUAACCGCGCAGUCAAAAACAAUAGAAAGGGACUGGAACUGACGUCCAAUAGCUCUUUCAAUUUCCGCCAUCUUGGCAAGAAGUGUGCCGAUAUUUCGUAUUUUGACUUCGAUUUAAAGAAUAACACUAUGGUUUUCUGAACUGAAAACUUGGUUAGCGAUACGGUCCGUUAGAAAAAACUGGAAUUAGCUUGGGAAAUGAUAUAAAAACUGUUUACGACCUUCAGAGCUAUUGGUCGUCAAUUUCUGCCAUCUUGGCUUCACUUUUCUCAUUGACCGAAUGACUGAAGUUCUUACUCCAGAUAUAUAUAUAGAUCUCACCAGGGGCCGGUUGUAUAAAACUCUUAAUCACUUUUUAAUCACUAUUUCGUAGUUAAAUAGUGAUUAACUCUCAAAUAGGCGCUUCUUAUUGGAUGACGUUUGCACUUAACUAUAGUUAACUUUAAUUGCUUUUUUAUACAACCGACCCCAGGCCUCGAAUUUCCCUGAAAUCAAUCGACGGCAAUGGCGUUAAAAAUUGCCGUAAAACGUAACAGCUGUCUACGGCAAUUUUGGCAGUUUCCACGGCAUUUUUCAAAUUACUGUAAUAAAAAUUUAAUUUUAUUGUUACUUUGGAUUGUUGACAAGCUAGAAACAUGUCUACGUAUUUUUUUAGUGUUUUUUUUUUCGAAGAAAACUGAGACUAAAAUAGUGAUUUACGCAUGAUUUGAUCAACAUCUGAAUUCAAGUAUCAAAGUAGUAAUGUACAGUGAAUAGUAUAAAAUUACACUAUACGGCAAAAAAAUUGCCGUCGUUGCCGCAAUGAUCCACGGCAUUUUGUUCUCCCUCUACGGCAAUUGCCGCGAUAAAAUUCGAGCCCUGGAUCUCACAGUGUUAGACCAAGCUGUUGGCUUUGUCUGAACGGGCUUUAAUUCUCAUUCUCUAGCGCACGCGUUCCAAAACACCGCACGUGUAUCUAAAGUGUGGUCAUGUUCACGGCUAUCACACGUGGAACUCGACGAUGUAUGAAGGAGUGGAACGAACAUGUCCCUUGUGUCGACAGAUUGGACCAUAUACGAAGCUUCAGCUUGGUGUCGAGGCUGCGUUGUGGGUAGAUUGUAAACCUGAAUAUUACGCCUUCGUUCCUUGUGCUCACAUGUGUUCUGAAGCAACAGUAAGGUACGUAAGGUUUAUUAUAUAAUACCUUAUUGAAUUCUAAUCGUUUAAUUGGCUGUUUAUGGUCACGUGAUAUUGAAUAGAAAUUUCCAUUUCCCAUGAGUGCAAUGGAAAUUGGAAUACGUUCCAUUGCACUCUUUGCGAGUGCAAUUGUACUAUACGUUUUAUUGCACUCUUUGUGUUUUCGAUAAAUCGCAUCCGUCAAAAUGCUUCUCAUGCAUACGAAUCUAUUAGUCUAUUUUGGUAUUAUAUAAAACAAAUAAUGAAUGGUUAUUCGUGCAAUGGUAAGAAUAUUUUCAUUCGGUGAAAGAUGGAAUGUUCCAUUCAACUCGGCUGUCGCCUCGUUCCAUUCAACUGGGCUGUCGCCUCGUUGAAUGGAACAUUCCAUCUUUCACCGAAUGAAAAUAUUCUUACCAUUGCACGAAUAAACAUUCAUUAUUUGUAUACUGCUAAACUACAAUCACAUCGUUGCUACCCAGGUCACAACUUUGGAUAACUCGCAUGCCUAGUUACUAUGGUUUUAAGCCUGGCGCACACGAUGCGAUUUUAGGAACUGGCUUUCAAGUUUGGCUUCAAAUUUCGAACCUGACAUAACUAACUCUAAUUAUACUCAGGAUAGGUCUAGAGAUCCAGUAUAAUGGUAGUCUCUUGGUGGCCUGUGUAACUACAGGAGAAAACUAGAGAAAUCCUGUGGUUAUUAGCAGAGUCAGACUGGAAGAGCUGUUCGCACAGACGACUGCAUACUGCAGGAAUCAAACCUCACUUACAGAGACGAAAUUCUCAUCCACUAACUACCCAGUGACACUAACACACCCAAAUGUGCAUGUACAAAGCCCGGUUUUCAUAUACCACAAAUCAUCAGCGAUGCUCAACUGACUCCAUCGUCAAUGGUCAUUGGUGUAUAAAAUUAUUUGUCUAUCGGAAUAGAUUUUCUUAAUUAAUCAUCGCCCGACGAAUUGCGAUAUAUGAAAACCAGGUUUCAGCCAUUGCGUAUUACUUUUUGCUUUAUUUCGACUGAUUAUUAUCUCUGAUUCCAGGUUUUGGUCUCAAGUACCGUUACCCCAUGGCUGUCACGCGUUUCGGGCUGCUUGUCCUUUCUGCGGAACACCUCUUCAAGAUGUAGAGGGAUUUGUCAAGUUAAUUUUCUCCUAGCACAUUGCUGAUGGCGUGCAGACCUUUCAUACUGUUGUAUGUAGAAUCACAAGAAUACGAAGGUACAGCAGAAGUGUAACUCGAGUUGGUUCCCUUAUUUUUUUACGUCCACGAAAAUUUUAACUCGCUCACGCCAUCCUGGCUAGUACAACCGGAAGUUUUUAUCAGGUUUUGCUAGGUACAAAGUGCCGGUUGUACUAGCCAGGAUGGCGUGAUUGAUGACGAAUCGCUUGUAAAAACGCGGACAAAUACUUGCUUGAGUUACACUGCUGCUGUACCUUCUUAUUCUGUGGUAGAACAGACCAUUUGCAGAAUUACUGGAGCGUAGCGUUAAGGACCGUUUACACUUGCAAUUUUCGCUGUGAUUCCUAGUGCGAUUUUCUCCUUCUGAUGUAUGUGAACGAGUAGAUGAGUUACGAAUGUUCGGAGUACAUGUACCUUCAUGUGAACAUUCAUAACUUAUCCACUCAUUCGCAUCCAUCAUAAGUAGAAAAUCGCAGCAAAAAGCCUUAGCCUCAACUUUAUUCUUUCAUUUCUUUUGAAUUUUAUUCAGCCUUGACGUUUCUGUCUGUUUUCAAAAGAAUGAAGUCCGUGCUCCAGUAAUUGUGCAAAUGAUCUAUGUAUGUUGCAAAACGACGAGAUAUAUAAUAAAUUUUUCUUAUAAUGACGUCAAACGCUUGCCGUAAAGGUCGGAUCGCUUCGCGAGAAAAAAUUUCGAUUCUCCAGUGAGAGGAUGUCAGUUCUACUCACGGUGAAAGGAAAAAAAAAGUGGAAAAAUUCAAUAGAAUCAGAACAAUUUUUCGCGAAGAAUUCCGCCAUCGUGAAAUCAAGCCUUCAUGCGAUGUUACACGGGACAAUUUUUAGCGACAAUUGGCAAUGUGAAUGCUGUUACAUGACAUUUAUUGGCUCGCCAACGAUUUGCAUUGGUUGUUAAAAAUUAUUGCGUGUCACAUCCGGGACAAACGAGAGCCGAAGUGUUUAUCCGCGUUGAACGUCAUUAUGAGAAAGGUCUGAUGUAUUGACAACGGGAUAAGGGACUUAAAUGGGACAACUGGGAAUUCACAGCAUAUACAGAUACAUGGACUUCUUUUACAUGCAGGGGCGCAACUUGACUGUACGUAUUGAGGGGAGGGGGGCUGUGAGCUCUUCUUGCCCAACAAAAUGGCGUGGUCACCAACCAAAGCCGCGCCCACGAACGGAAACGGAAAAUUUUCCCGACAUACAGCCCAACGCUAGGCAAAAUUUGCCUGAGUAUCAUUUUUAAACUUUGGGUGGUGUCACACACACCCCUCCCUCCCCAGCAGUUGCGCCCCUGUUUGCAUGCUUUCACAUCAAAUCCACACAUCGCAAAAACUAUAACUCGCAAAAUCACUGAGGAAAACGCAACUUGCAACAAGCUUACAGCAGAUUUGUAGCAAGAUGUGACUCGUAUGUGACUUGUUGCAAAGCCGUGCUGUUGACACAGACUGCUAACUAUCUUGCUACAAACUAAACUUGUUUUCAAGAUGUGAGCUUUUCACGUGUGUAUGAUAGAAACAUUAAAAUGGGCAUUUACGGCAGACCGCUAACUCCAAACGGCUAACUUUUAAAAAAUGCCAUUUUGAGCUCGAUGUCAGGACAAUUUGUGCAUUAAAAUUGUAGCAUGAAUUUGCUACUUCGCUGUCGAAAGUGUCGAAAACUUGUAGAUACGAUUUGAAGUUUGCCGUUUGCCCUUACCGACGCAAACGUCAAUCUUAAGGUCUGUAUCUUUUAGAAGCAACUACAAUCACUUUCAGAAGUUGUUGGGACACAUGUAGUUUUACAUUGUAAGUGGAUCAUUACAGUUUGUUACACACAAUAUACCGCUCCCCUCCCCAAUCAAUGUUGCCUUCUCAAUUUGAAUACCAAAACACAUCAAAUCUGACGAAAAAUGGCACACAUUUUAAUGGUAAAUACCUUACCUAAAAGCUAAAAUAAAUGAAACGGUAAUGUUUGAUACAGGGGGAGGGGGGUUGAUGUGUGUUGAAAUUAAAGGUUUUUGUGGCAUUUGUCCCAAGACAUUCGAGAGUGAUUGUAGUAUGUUGGAUUCUGAUUGGGAAUCGGUAUUUAACGAUGAGUUAAUUUUAACAAUGAGAUAAGUCUGUCACCUUUCAAUUUGAUAAUAAUUCAGUGCUUUUAUUAUGUGAAUAUUAAAAUUUUGUACAUUAUUUGUAUUAAACUGAAGUUAUGCUGC